AACUAAUUUCAUCGACUACAUCAUCUGUAUUUUUAGCAUUUGCUGUCUCUAUUAUUUAAAAUGGCUUUUGCAAAAUUCAGCAAGAUCCUCCGACUUCCUACGAUUGAAGUGAAGAAGAAAACCAAACAAUAUGAGCACGUUCAUCGGGAUGUAAAUCCAAACGACAUUUGGGAAAUUAUCGGGGAACUGGGCGAUGGCGCUUUCGGAAAAGUUUAUAAGGCCCAGAAUAAAGAAACCGGUGCACUAGCUGCAGCCAAAGUCAUCGAAACCAAAAGUGAAGAGGAGCUGGAGGACUACAUGGUGGAGAUCGACAUCUUAGCGUCCUGCAACCAUCAGUACAUCGUCAAACUGCUCGAUGCCUUCUUCUACGACAACAAUCUGUCGAUAAUGAUCGAGUUUUGCCCUGGAGGUGCUGUCGAUGCCACCAUGUUAGAGCUGGACAGGGGUCUUGAAGAGCCUCAGAUCCGAGUGGUCUGUAAACAAAUGCUGGAGGCUCUUCAGUAUCUCCACAGCAUGAAGAUCAUCCACAGAGACCUGAAGGCUGGAAACAUCCUCCUCACACUGGACGGAGACAUCAAGCUAGCGGAUUUUGGAGUUUCUGCAAAAAACACCAAAACUCUUCAACGACGAGACUCUUUUAUCGGGACGCCAUAUUGGAUGGCUCCAGAGGUGGUGAUGUGCGAGACCAUGAAGGACGCUCCAUACGACUACAAAGCUGACAUCUGGUCUCUGGGCAUCACGCUGAUCGAGCUGGCUCAGAUAGAGCCGCCUCACCACGAGCUGAACCCCAUGAGGGUCCUGCUAAAAAUUGCCAAGUCUGAGCCUCCCACCCUGGAGCAGCCUGCCAAGUGGUCGAUGGAAUUUAAGGAUUUCCUGAAAAAAGCUUUGGACAGAAACCCUGAGACGAGGCCGACGACUGCUCAGCUUCUAGAACAUCCUUUCGUCAGUUCGGUGAAGACCAACCGUCCGCUGAGAGAGCUGGUGGCCGAGGCCAAAGCCGAGGUGAUGGAGGAGAUCGAGGACAAUCAUGAAGAAGCAGAAGACGAGGACCCUGCUGACCUCUCACCUGCGCCCAUCAAAGACCCGUCAGAAACCAGUGAGACCAGUUUAUAUGGGGACCAUCGCCACAAUGAAGCUCCAAUGGAGCUCGAGGAGGAGCCCAGGACCCCUGUGUCCACCGAAAGCCCUUUGAAAGAGCAGAAUGUUCUCAGCGACAGGUUUCCAGAGGAGGAUCACGACAAACCUGAGAGCGAGGCGUCAGGCAAGAUUUCCAGCUCGGACUCCGGCAUCGAGGAUGGAAAAAGCACACCCACCUCCGAGGAGGACCCCAAGGCGGUCGAGAGCUCAGAACCAGAGCUGCAUUUGCUGGGAACACCAGAACCUUCAGAGUCAUCCGGAUCGUCCUCAGAAACCACGGAGCAACCCUCAGAGAAACCGGAGGAGGAGGAAGCUCACGGCGCAAGGGAAAUGCCUAGCCAUGCCAUUCUGAACCGAACCGAGUCCAAAGAGCCGAGCAAUCGCAUGUCUGGGAUGAGCGACAGGUCCUCACUGGCUGGAGACGAUGUGGAAAGGUUAUCAAAACGAUACUCUGAUGUGACGAGUGAAAACAUGGACAUCAGCUUGAACCUGUCCGGUGAUAUGUCCGUCAACAAAGACUUGGGCACCAUCUCUUUACGGGACAACAAGAAGACGCUGAAACGCACGCGUAAGUUCCUGGUGGACGGUGUGGAGCUCAGCGUCACCACCUCCAAAAUCAUCACUGAUGACGAGAAGAAAGAUGAAGAAAUGAGGUUCCUCAGGCGUCAGGAGCUUCGAGAUCUGCGUCUGCUGCAGAAAGAACAGCAUCGCGCUCAGGCUUUGCUCAAUCUGAAGCUGAAAGAGCAGCGGGAGCAGAUGCAGCGCAGAUUCGACCAGGAGAUGAAUGCCAAGAAGAAAUACUACGACACCGAGCUGGAGACGCUGGAGAAACAGCAGAAGCAGAGCGUCGAGAGAAUGGAGACGGAGCACACGGUUCGACUGCGAGACGAGGGCAAACGCAUCCGCGCCGAGCAAGAGAAAGCCUACAACAAGUUCCUGGAUCAGAUGAAGCACCGCAAGAAAGAGGUCAAACAAGAAGUGGAGAAACUGCCCAGGAGUCAGAGGAAAGGAAGCAUGAAGAUCAAAAUGAACAACUUCCAGCAGAUGAAGUCAGACGAGGGAGAGAAGUUCCUGGCAGACCAGAGGGAUUUUCUGGACUUGACUCUGAAGAGCAUCAUCGCUCAGAACAAGCGGGAAAUCUCCGAGACAGAGCGCCAGUGUCUCAUCGUAAAACAGAACCUGCUCCGAGAGCGAGAGGCCACUGUGUGGGACCUGGAAGAGAAGAGCUUGCACGAGAGACACCAGCUCCUCAAACAGCAGCUGAAGGACCAGUACUUUCUGCAGAGACACCAGCUCCUCAAGAAACACGAGAAGGAGCAGGAGCAGAUGCAGUGCUACAACCAGCGUAUGAUCGAGCUCCUCAAGGCCCGACAGCAGCAGCAGAAGAACCGGCUGCCCAAGAUCCAGCGCAGCGAGGCCAAAACACGCAUGGCCAUGUUCAAGAAGAGCCUGAGGAUCCACUCCAGCGGAAGCUCCGCAGAAGACCGCGAGAAGACCAAGCAGUUCUCCAGGCUGGAGGAGAAGAGGCAGAAGGCCGAGCGCUUGCACCAGCUGCAGAAACACGAGAACCAGAUGAAGGAGAAGAUCAGCGAGUGCGAGGGAAACGCCAGAGAACUGCAGCAGCUGCAGAAUGAGAAGUGUCACCUGCUGAUAGAAAACGAGACGCAGCGUCUGAAGGCUGUGGACGAGCAGCACAACCAGCAGCUGAAGGAGUGGAGGGAGCACCUCAAGCCCAGGAAGAAGGUUCUGGAGGAAGAACUGAACCUGAGGAAGAAAGAGCAGGAGCUUUUCUUCAAGAUGAGUCAUGAUUCCCAGUGUCAGAACAUCGGCUCACCAAACAAACUCACAAAGUUCCUCCCAUACGUCGAUUCGUCCACCACAUGAGCCAAGCAUGAGAAACUGAAAUCACAUCACGCUGAAGCCAAAGAAACAUUCAUCUAAUACAGAGAGCACUGACAAAUACAGCGUCUCUUUACAGAACACUCACCUGAAACCACAUUCAGCUUCAUUCAUUUAAUAGUGACCAGCAGAGAUGAACGUGUACUGAUGCAUUCAUUUAAACGCAGGGAUUUUAUACUGGAGAGUCAGAAACGUAGAACUGCGUCGUUUCUUUACCACUCGUUUAUUUAUAAGCUACUGUUUAAUCUUCAAGUUAGCGAAAAUUGCAUUGCCAAAUAUAUUGCACAAACCUUGCAUAUUCUUAUAUAUUUGUAUUUCUUCUAUGAUCAUUUAAUAUAUAUAUAUAUAUAUAUAAAGUUGCAACUUAUCACUUUUAUAACCAGUUUCCUUUAAAAAUGCUGAAAAAAGGAAUUUCUGUUUUAUUUUUUUGAACUGCUGCACAAGUUCUUCUUUACUAAAGUGAAAAAGUGUACAUUUUAAUUGGUACAUUAAGUUAUUUUACCGAAUGUUUUUGUCGUUUUAUGUUUUAGACCGCGACUAAUUUACCACUUUUAUUAAUCUGCAAUGUUCACCAAAUUGUCAGUGGCACAUUUACUGUAAAUGCAUCACACUGGACGAGCCGAGAGCGAUGAGACCCGUGGCGCCAAAGUUCACGGCUUCAGAAAUGUGCCUUUUACGCAUGUUUUCUUGAGUUUAUUGUUGAUCAUUUGUUAUAUGUUGCUGUCUAAAGCACUGUCACCUAACCAAAGUGCAAUAUGUUGCUGCGUUCCGAUUUUGUACAUGUUAUUUUACAACAACUUCCAUUCUUUAGCCAUUUGAAGGAUUUCUAUUUACAAAACCAAUACCCGAAGCCUGAAGGUACGAGGAUGUCUGUGGAGCUCAAUGUUGAUUAGUGUGUAACCAAAGGUUCAGUGUGGAUGAUGUACGAAAGUGUUGUCCUACCAGAGUAUCUAUAAUAAAUGAGAUGUUUAUUAUUCAUCCUUACAGUU